CUACCGGGGCGGAGCCCUCAGGGCUGCGCCGCCGUACCCACCGCGGGCUGGAACGGCGCCUGCCGCAGCCUGCCGUGUGCUCUGAGCGGGCCGCGGGGAUGGAAGUCUCACCCAGCCGCGGUUCUGUGGGGUGUGGUGGAGUGUCGUGGAUGUGGGCCUCGCCCUGAAAGCCCGAAAUACGCAACUGGCACCAGCAAGGAAGAAGGCAUGGGACUCUUCCUAGGAGACACCAGGAGGAUGGUGGAGAACUGCUAGCGACCAUGCCUUAGUGGUGAUAAUUCUAGGGGAAGUGGAGGUGGUGCCGCAUUACAGAAGGAGCGUUUUCCUGUUACGAGGGACAUUCUGAGAGCCGCGGUAGAAGAGCAGCGCGCAGCAGGAUGGGCCCGCAGCAGCGCUGUGCGAGGCAGAGCUGCCCCGGAGAGAAGAAGUAGUGCCUUAUCUGGUUUGAAGAUCUAAGAGAGCAUUCGGUUUGUUUAAGGCAUAAAGGAAAAUGGAAGAAGGUGAGACUUUACCAGGGGAAACAGAGAGGGCAAAAGUUGAACCGUGUGCUACUCCCGGCCUGGGUCGGCAGAUAUCAGUCAGUGAGUUCCUCUGCCACUGCUGCUACGACAUCCUGAUCAAUCCCACCACCCUGAACUGUGGACACAGCUUCUGUAGGCACUGCUUGGCCUUGUGGUGGGUGUCGUCCAAGAAGAAUGAAUGCCCUGAAUGCAGAGAAAAAUGGGAAGGAUUCCCCAAAGUCAACAUCCUCCUCAGGGAUGUUAUUGAAAAGCUGUUUUCUGAUGCCAUUGAACAAAGAAAAGAAGAUAUUCGACAGAACAGUGAUGUAGCACGCAGCUUAGCAACUUUCCAAAAGCAUGGGAACGACCAGAUGCCUACAGUUUCAAACACAGGAAGAAUUAAUCCUCGAGGAGGGUUUUUCUCAGGUGUUCUGACAGCUUUAACUUGUGUAGCAGUAGUUCUACUUGGCUAUCACUGGAGUAGCAGAGAAUUUGAAGAUGAUCUUCUUGUCCACAAGCCUGUUGCCAAGUGGACUGCUGAGGAAGUGAUACUCUGGCUGGAGCAGCUGGGCCCGUGGGCUUCACAUUACAAAGAAAGAUUUUUACUGGAGAAAGUAAAUGGAAGACUGCUCCUAACACUGACUGAAGAGGAUUUCACCAAAGAACCCUACAGUGUAGAGAACAGUAACCAUAGGAGAGCUAUUAUGGCAGAACUGGAAUGUGUGAAAACUUUAGGUGUUAAACCACCACAGAACCUUUGGGAAUACAAGGCCGUAAACCCAGGAAAAUCACUCUUUCUUCUGUAUGCAUUGAAGAGUUCUCCAAGACUCAGUAUGUUAUACCUAUAUUUGUUUGAUUAUGCAGAAGCUUUCCUACCUUUCAUCCACACAAUUUGUCCUAUGCAAGAAGACAAGUAUGAAGAUACUGUCACAAAACUGCUUGACCUUAAAGAUCCUUCUUGGAGGCAAUGGAGAGAAUUCACUGUAAAGUAUUUAUUUUUGCCGUACCAGCUGAUAGCUGAAUUUGCUUGGGAUUGGCUAGAUGUGCAUUACUGGACAUCAAGAUUUAUAAUUGUAAAUGCCAUGUUGCUCUCUGUUCUGGAAUUAUUCUCCUUUUGGAGGCUGUGGUCAAGAAGAGAAUUGAAGACUAUUCCUCAGAGAAUGUGGAAACAUUUCUGGAAAGUCUCAACCCAGGGACUUUUUGUUGCCAUUUUUUGGCCUUUUAUUCCUCAGUUUGUCUGCAAUUGUUUGUUUUACUGGGCCUUGUAUUUUAACCCAGUUAUAAACAUUGAUCUUGUAGUUACGGAGAUAAGGCGUCUGGAGACACAAGUGCAGUGAUCGGCAUUGAGCUGUUUAGCUUCUAAAAAUGGACAUUUUGGAUAAACUUUGCUUUUCUUCUUUAUGUAUGUGGCAGUGAAAACAGUGGAUUAUGUUAAUUUAAACAUACGAAAAAGCUUUAAGGUAAGUUAUCCUUAAACCAGCUGAUUCCAAAUUGGAGGAUGAAGGAAAAAGGAAUUUUCUGUUGGGGAAAAAAAAAAAGCACAUUCCUCUAUAGCCAUGUAAAACUCAUACAGUCAUCUCUCCCAAUCUGUACCAGAUAAGUUUCUUUAUGCUGUCCUGAGCAUUCUGUGUAUUUUCAAGCCUGCCUUAAAGUCAGUGUCUUUUGCACUGCUACAGUGAUUUCUUUCUUUUUCUUUUUAAACUUAACAUUUCAUACCAGCUGUGUCUUCCUCAACUUCAGUUCGCCAAAGGAAUGCCCUUCCUGGAUAGGCUUGAUGUUGAAAGAACUUCAUUUAUUUCAGUCUUCUUUACAUGUAGCAUUGUGACUGCCCUAUACACAGUCUCACAGUAGAGUUUGUUCCAAAAUUCCUGCAGUUGAAGGCAAAGACUACUUGAAUUUUCUUGUGUUUUGUUAAAUGUGAUAAUUACCAUGGAAAUUUUUUAUUCAGCUCAGUUAGACUUCAUCAAUAGCUCCUUUCAUUCUCUCUUCUUGAAUUCUUUUGCUAAUUUGUAAAUUCUUAAAUAUCUCUUAAAGAGGAUUAUUAAGGAAAAGUGACCUGACACUGUAAUUACUUAGGGCAAUAUAAUGUAUGUAUCUGUGUCUGAGCAAAUAUUGACUGGAAAGUUAUUUGCAUUAAGCAGGAUUGACAUUUGUUAAUGUAUGUUCCUUUGACUGAAUUGUACGAUUCUUACUGAAAAGGUAAGAUUUUUUUCAAUAACUUUGUCCCCUUGCAGUCUGCAUUGGUUUGUUGUUUUCUUGAUUUCAUUUGUAUCAGUAAUGUGAACUAAAUUUGCCUGAAUAUUUUUCACGAUUAAAGAUGUCUCCUGAAAUCUUCACUAUUCCUAUAGAUAAUUUGGCUUUUGAUUUUUUUUUUUUUUUAAAUAUUGAAGUACAUGUCAUUAGCUUUGACUUGUGCAAACCUGCUCUUUAGCCCUGCAUCUUUGAGUAAGUUGACGUUGGUGAAAGUAGACAUAAAACACUCCUGGCUCUAUAACUGUUAAAAUCUGCAGGUAGAAAAACGUGUAUUAUUCAUCAGUUCAGGGUACUGAUUUCUCUUCCCAAAGGGUUAAAAAUAUCUGUGAAGUGAUCCUAGCUAAAACCAGCUUUACAUCCUGAUGAGGUUUAUAUACUUCUGAGCUUCAUAAACUCUUGCUGUGCAGGAUCAAACACUUGUGAAAAAGCCAGUUGGUCCCAACAACUUCUACAUUUUUUCAUAUUUCUGUUUUGGUGAUGGUUUGCAUUUGCAUUUUUAAAUCUGGCUCUAAAGUUCUAAGGAUAGAAUUUCCUCCCUGUGCUUACAGGAAAUUCAGGGUGUACAUAGAGUAAGGAGUUUGAGCCAUAUCAAAUAAGCAGCUGUUUAGAAAACUCCUCUUGAAAAGUAAAUGCUAGAAAAAACCUAUUACAUGAUUCUUCAAUGCAGGUAGCAUUACUUCAGGUGAAUGAAAUUCAACACUUAAAUUAGGCUUUGUAGUAAGUGUUUAAUGUAGAUGAGAGGGCUCUUUGUGCUGACACUGUCACUUCAUGAACUUUUUCCAGUCAGUUGAAAGUUAACAAAUGCUAAGGUCUGUUAGUCGAGAAGUUUGAUUUGAAGGGGGGAUAAAAAGUUCACAGUGAAUAAUAUUAUCAAUCUGAAUAAUCUGUGAAUCUGAAUAUAAACAAAUAUUAAGAUUGUCAGUUACUCCUUAAGGUAAUAAACUCAGAUUUCUAUUUAGUCAAUAAUUAAUGCAUGGGAGAAAGUAAAGGACAGGAAAAAUGUUUACUUUUUUACAUUUACAUUUUGAGGUAGAGAGGCUGAGGUGGAAUGAAAGAGUAUCAAGAAGGGGGAAAAUAAUUUCUUGCCAUUACUGUGGCCAAAAAAAAAAAAAAAGUAAUUUUGGAUUUAAAUAUAUAUAAGAGUUACGUAUCUAAUACCUACACAAAGGCUGAAUCUCACCACACAUAAAGUCUGGCCACAAAAGGUAUUUUCUGUGGUAGGGAGCUUUAGAAAAACAUUUGGCAGCUUCACGGUCACAUUCACAUGCCAUUUUUUGACAUUUAUCUUCUAGUGAGUCUGAAAGAAAACACAGUAAAUUUGAUAUUAGUCUUGAAGAAAUUAAAAAUCCCAAAUGGAAUACCAAAAAUUGCUCCCUCAUAUUCCCUAUUUGCAGUACAAAUACCUUACAUUUCAAGUGCAAUAGGAACUUGCUGAGCUUUGGUAAGACUAAGAACCUGUGGAAUAGCCAGUAGUCACAAAUCUUGGCAGGUGAAAAUACAACAGCCAGAUAAAGACUUAAAUACUGUUAUAGUUUUUUAAUAAAGGAACUGUGAUAACUGAUCUGUCUUUAGAAAGUGGUAUGAGAUCCUCCCUGCCUUCUCUCUUGCUCUAGUGAAAUUCACUUUGGGAAGAUAGUCCAUUCCAUACCCUUUAUAAUCUAGUAUAGGAUAUAGCAUUAAAAAUAAUAUAUGGGAUAGACACAUGGCAUGCAAAGGUGUUCCAUGUCCAGCCUAAAUUGCCCACCUUUUUUUAUUAAGGCAUUCAGUAAGAAGUUAAAGUGCGUGAUAAAAUCCAUGUCUUGUCCUGUUUGUUUUAUAAUUGUAGCGUUGUAACUUAACAGAUUUCUUGGCAUGAGUGUUCCUUCUUGGCAUGAACAUUUUCUUCUACAGCAAUGUAUUUUGGGUUCAGUGUGCCAGCCUGGAAGUGUGUGGUUUUUUCCUCUCUGUAACUGUCUGUAAACUGAAGAAUCCUUAAUUACAUUUUGUCUGAGUGUUUACCAUUUUAAAAGCUUAGCCAAAUCACUGUUUGAGAUUUGUCCAGGAGCAGAACAAGUGUUCAGUUUUGUGAAUGAACUCAAAUUCUGCCAUGAAAUUGAAGUGUUCUUAAUGUGUAUGUGUUUAUGCUGCAACUAGCUGCCCUAAGAGCUACUCAAUAGCACAGGUAGCAUGAACAACAUGAUAGGAUAAAAAAUCAAAACACAGUAACUGAGAACUAUUCCUUCUUCUGUUCUUCUUCUGGUAUUGCUCCAGACUUUAUCUUAUCUGUGCUAUGCCAGGGACUUGGUUUCCUGACAUCUUGCUAUCUUCCUGCCUCCUAUCUUGGCCAGUAUUUUGAAUAUUGUCAGGAGCAAAAUCUUUACAGCCAAGUAAGGGUGGACUGUAACGUGAUUAAUCGGUGUGAGAGAUAAGAUGUUUUGUCCAUCUGGGGCAGGGGAAGAAGUGAACAAGUAGAGAUUCUGAACAAGGUAGACACUUUGGCAAAGUAAAGAUUUAAUAUGAAGGAGGAAGGGAAGUAAUGUCUAAACUUCCACUUGUUUUCAGGUCAGGCAAAUUCUAAAUUGAGUAUAAAAUGAGAGGGUUUUGUGUUCUCUGUAAAUGGCCAACUGUUUAUUUUAAACCAUAGUAGUCAGAAGCUCAGACUUGUUUUAAACAAGGUUAUGUAACAGUUUUUGCAUUUCCGUAGUACAAAUAAUAAUCAAUUUUUAAGCUCAUUUGCAUUCUAGGUAGAAGCAUAAAAUUAUAUGCAAAUUAACUGACUGAGCAUCUGAUUUUUAAAAACAAAACAAGCAAGCAAAAUCCCAAACAGCACACAAACAAAAAAAAAAACCAAUAUAAAACUGUGACAUCAACAAGAAAAAAAAAAACCUGUAAAUACUGGGGGCUUUUGAGAAGCUACUGUUUCAAUGAGUUUUCGAGUAUAUUGGAAAGCAUUUGCUAAAACUCUGGGAAUUGUGAACAAAUAAUGCAAAAGAAAGCUGCUUUUUCCUGUUAACAUUUUUGGGGGUUUUCUUUGUGAUUUCUUUGUCCUUCCCUUACUUCAGCAUGGCAAGUAUAUUUUGGAUCAAACUAAAUUUAUCUGGAUGUGGUCAGCAGUCUCUUGCAGUUUGUACAUUUGUGUUAUGUAAAUAAAUUCAAAUUAAGAUUUGUUAAUUUAACUUCCAGAAAUAAACAUACUCAUAAAAUA